GUGAGGAAAAUUCAAGACGACUUUUGCAAUUGAAGCAGGAGAAAUCGUCUCGUCUGCAAAAAUGUCAUCGCGAUCCGGUUCAACAACUUAUGCUGGAGAGGAGACAAAGAGAGUGGCGAUUGUUGGUGGUGGCUUAGUUGGUGCUUUAAAUGCGUGCUUCUUCGCAAAGCGAGGUUUUCAAGUGGAACUUUAUGAAGCACGCAAAGAUAUUCGAAUUGCUAAAGAUGCAAGGGGAAGAAGCAUCAACCUUGCUUUAUCUUACAGAGGGAGGCAGGCUCUAAAAGCCAUUGGCAUGGAAGACCAGAUAGUGUCUAAGGGCAUUCCCAUGAAUGGGCGAAUGAUUCACUCCUUGUCAGGCAGCAAGUCAUCUAUUUCUUAUGGAACAAAAGACCAGUAUAUCUUGUCAGUGGAUAGAGCAAAUUUAAACCGAACGUUAUUAUUUGCUGCUAAUCAAUACCCAAAUGUCAAGUUAAACUUUGAAACUAAAUUGCAACACUGCAGUGCUGAUAAGGGGAUCCUGACAUUUAUCAGGCCUGAUGGCACAACUUGUGAAGUUUCACAUGACCUUGUUGUUGGAUGUGAUGGUGCCUUUUCCACUACGAGGAAGCAGUUUAUGCGACAAGCCAGGUUUGAUUACAGCCACGUGUAUAUCCCUCAUGGUUACAUGGAGCUUACAAUACCUCCUAAAAAUGGUGAUUUUGCAAUGGAGCCUAAUUUUCUUCACAUAUGGCCUAGAAACACCUUCAUGAUGAUUGCUUUGCCCAAUUUGGACAAGUCAUUUACCUGUACUCUCUUCAUGCCUUUUGAAGAAUUUGAGAAGCUUACCACAGGCGAUGAAGUGCUGCACUUUUUCAAGAAAUGCUUUCCAGAUUCCAUACCUCUAAUAGGAGUUGAGGCUUUGAUGCAGGAUUAUUUCCGUUUGCCAGCCCAGGCUAUGAUUUCAGUCAAGUGUUCCUCCUACCAUAUCGGUUCCAAGUGUGUGUUAAUGGGAGAUGCAGCACAUGCUGUUGUUCCAUUUUAUGGCCAAGGCAUGAAUGCAGGUUUUGAAGAUUGUAUUGUCUUUGAUGAAUUAAUGGACAAGCUUCACAAUGAUAUCUGUAAGUGUCUUCCAGAGUUUUCAAGGUUGCGUGUACCAGAUUGCCAGGCUAUUGCUGAUCUGGCUAUGUACAACUACGUGGAGAUGCGUAAGCAUGUGAACUCAAAAUGGUUUAUUUUCCGCAAACACGUGGAUAAUUUCCUCCAUUACUGUAUGCCAAGGACUAUUGUGCCUUUAUACACCAUGGUGACUUUUACCAGAAUACGAUACCAUGAAGUGAUACAGCGGUCAAAACGACAAAGCAAGAUAAUCAAUACCAUGCUGUUUGUGACAGGUGCAAUUACAACAGUCACAGGAGUGGUCUUCCUUUUCAAGCAUUUUCCCAAGGAACUUAAUAUGCACCAGCUGAAGAAUUGGAAUUUUAGCUUUAAGUAACUUGAAGCAGCUAAAUGGGCAACAAAUUCCUGGCAGUUUAAUAAGAAAUUACAAUUCCAUAUUUUUCUAAUUUAAGAGAUGAUGGCCUGAUUUUCCUCUGAGCAGUAAGGAGCUGUCACUAUUAGAAAAUAUUUUUAUGUGUCAGCCAUUGGUAUUUACCGCUCCCUGUGCACCGGGCAUGAUUUCACCUCCCUGGAGAUGGCAGGAGAGGUUACAAGAAGGGGAGGUAAUGAGGUAAGUGGGUCCUGGAGGGAAACUCAUUCCCUUCUUGCCACCUCAGCAAUUAAGUGGUCAUGGGUAGUUUUAUAUUUUAUUAUCAGCCUGUUCAGAGAUGUUAUUACUCACCGCUGAAGCAGUGGGGCACAUGAACCUGGGCCUCCUGUCACAGAGCUAGGGGCACUAACACUGCCACAAGAUACCCCUUGCUAGCAAUUAAGUCUGUAUAGUUGUCAAUUACUGGCCACAUAAGGGCCUCAGUUUGCUGAUCAUCUGCCUGCCUGGUGGGUGAGCAAAGUGUCUAGUUUUCAGAGUGAGAAGCCUUGGUGACUUACCUGCCGAGAUGGGAGGGAGGGGUUCUCUCAAACUGAUCCAGUCUAGAGGCAGUUGGAGAUAUAGAUGGAUGGCAAAAACUGGACCCCACUUCCCAUGACUCAUACAAAAAUACUUCUCAUCGCUGGACGCCCAAUGCUUAAGCCUGGACAAGAGUCACAGAGUCUAACGUGGACAUUCAGACCCAGAAACUGCUGGACUCUGAUUGGCUGGCAGCUUAUGGUGCUAUCUUGAAGCAUGUGAUAGGGUGAGAUACCAUCACUCACCAGUCUGCUCAUAAUGAGCUAAUUGUGUUGCAGUUAGGUGAGUUAUCUUGACAUGUUGGUUGCCACUUAAAAUGCACACUCCAACACUUGAAAUAAAGUGGAAAAAUCCUUCCUUAAGUUUAA